UUGUCAAUAUUGAGAGAGACAGCCUAAGAACCUUCAAUAGUAGUAGAGUGUAUCUAUCUUUCACACGUGUGAUCAUAUAAGGUGAGAGAAAAUUUUGAUACAAUUAAUUUAAACGAAAUAAUAAGCUGUAUAAAUACAAUUAAGGAACUGAAUAUAAAUAAUUUAAAGGGUCAGGGUCAUCAAGGCGUCAAGACUCAAGAGUACUCAGUCAGCGUGGUGAACUACUUUUGAAGGUCUCUGUCUUCUUUAUUUGCCUUAUCGCUAUGGAGAGAGAGAGAGAGAGAGAGAGAGAGAGAGAGAGGAGUAGCUGUGUAAGCCGUGUAGGUCUCUGUUAAAGCUAGUAGGCAUUCUUGCAGAUGUAUUGCUGUUUUAAGUUUCUCUCCUUCCCCUAUUCCUAUUCAAGCUUUUGCUUCUAAUAUUUUUAGUUCUGAGUAUGACCUUGUAACAGUUUGAUAACAGCAUCUGUCAGAGAGGAAAUGAAGGCAUGGCUAGCAAGUGUGCUAUAUAUUCAACAUCAGAGAACAACCCAAUUUGUUACUCUUCCUCAUCUGCUUCCUCUUCCUCUUCUUCUCUUUGUUCUUCUGCUGGGAUGGUUCUUGCUGACAUUGGUUCUCUUUCUCUUAGUCCUAACUAUGGGGUGAUACCGCCUGCUUCUUCCUCCCAUGAGAUGGAAAUUGGAAGAGCUUCUUGGGUUUUUCCAUUCAUGGGGAGCCAUCAGAGUAGUGAUGUUGUUAUGGAGGGUAAAGGUUCUGAUUGUAGUGAUGCGUUUGGAGAAAACGAUGACACUGUAAAUCACAAUGCCAACUCAACUGAGAACCCUAAUAAUGAAAAUAUGAACAGUGGGAAGGAAACAGAUAGUGGACAGUCAAAGCUCUGUGCAAGGGGCCAUUGGAGACCUGCAGAAGAUACCAAGCUUAAAGAACUCGUAGCCCUUUAUGGCCCUCAAAACUGGAACCUUAUAGCUGAGAAGUUAGAGGGCAGAUCAGGUAAGAGUUGCAGAUUGAGAUGGUUUAACCAGUUGGAUCCAAGGAUAAAUAGAAGAGCUUUCACAGAAGAAGAAGAAGAGAGGUUAAUGCAAGCUCAUAGACUUUAUGGCAACAAAUGGGCCAUGAUAGCCAGACUUUUCCCUGGAAGGACUGACAAUGCAGUGAAGAAUCAUUGGCAUGUUAUAAUGGCCAGAAAAUAUAGAGAACAAUCGAGUGCCUAUAGGAGGAGGAAGCUAAAUCAAUCAGUCUACAGAAGAGCGGAGGAAACUUCAAGCUUUGUCUGCAGAGAUCCAGGCACAAGAGCAGAACCACCACAAUACUGUCUCAGUAUCCCAAACGCUGGAGGACUAAGCAAUCUAUCUCCUUACCCGAUUGGAACCUUUCAUAGUGGGGUUGAUUAUGGCUUAAAUGGAUCACCCCACAUGACCAGUGGGGAAGAAGCAGUCUCAAGCAUCCCGGUCCAUGUCCCUCUCACAUGGUUUUGUGCACAGCAGACACCUUUUGAUUUCUUCCUUGGUCCCAAGAGCAAUGACAUGAUAGGCAUGUUCAGCCUCAACAGAUCUUGGGAUAGGCCAAGUGAUGAACCCCAUAUUUCUGGUUUCUAUCCCCAACUCCACAAUCCAUACAUCACGGCAAUGCAACAGUCAAACUACCAAAACCCUUAUUAUUUCUCUGCAGAUUCCACAGCAUCAACACCACCUAAAGUUUCAGCAACUGAACCUUCUCCUUCACCUUCAUCAUCAGUGGCAGAGAACACAAGAACCGGCCAUCUCGAGACCAUUCCACCACCAUUCAUUGACUUUCUUGGAGUAGGAGCCACAUGAAGGGUUGCCAGCGAAAGAAAAGCUGAAAAGGAUUUAUUUUUCUUUUCACAGAAGAUCAUCAGAGAGGACCUUAAAGUGGAUGUGCUUCAAAGUUAACCGAGGGGCCAUUAGAGGUAAAAAGAGAAGACAUGAUUUUUAUUUGUUUGGUUGGGUGACGGUAUUUAGCAUCAGUCUGUUGAUGUCAUGUCUCCCCAUCUUGUUUCUUGUUAGUUGUUGCAACGCUAUUUCCUCUCAUGAGACCCUUUCAAAAGGGGAAAUAAGAAAUAAUCUUAUUAAUUUGAUUA